AUGGGACUUUUGACAAUCAUUCGCAAAAACCGGCAAAAAGAAAAGGAAAUGCGCCUGUUGUUCCUUGGACUGGACAACGCAGGCAAGACAACUAUUCUUAAGAAGCUCAACGACGAAGACAUCAUGAGCGUGAGCCCUACCUUGGGAUUCAAUAUCAAGACUUUCCGGCACGGCGAGUACGCACUUUUCUCUGACAUUGCCCAGUCAACAUAUGUUUUAAGCUUUACGCUCAAUAUCUGGGACGUUGGCGGCCAACGCACGCUCAGACCGUAUUGGCGCAACUAUUUCGAGCAGACAGACGCACUCGUUUGGGUGGUUGAUUCCGGAGACCGCAUGCGUAUGCAAGACUGUAAACAUGAACUUCACAGCUUGCUACUCGAAGAUCGACUGGCAGGAGCAUCCCUCUUGGUAUUUGCCAACAAGCAAGAUCUUCCAGGCGCCAUGUCAGAUAACGAAAUCCGUGAGGCGCUCGACCUCCCGUCCAUCAAGUCUCAUCAUUGUAAAAUCUGGUCUUGUAGCGCUGUAACAGGCGAAAACCUUGUUCAAGGUCGGAUCCAUGCUACCCUUGCUUUACCUGUCCAAGUUCUGAUCAAAAUGGCCCCAGGACUUGAUUGGGUGGUUGGAGAUGUUGCAGGCAGACUAUAUUACUCCGCUAUAGCAUCAGCUCCUCAGCCUGUUCCUGCGGUGGUUUGA